GAAGAUUGCUCGGAGGAGAAGAGUCUAGCGGCGGAUGCUGACAAUUCGGAGCAGCAGCAAGCCAAGGAGGAGGAAGGAGCUGCUGAAACACAAAAGCAAGAGGCUUCCCUAGAGGAAGGGGCUCAGCAGACGUCGGAGGGACAGCUUGCAGCGGGGCAGAAGCAGAAAGCCUCCAACGGCGAUACGCCCACGCACGAGGAGCAGAGCAAGAAGGAGCGCCGUUCCUCUGAGGGCCGGGGUCUCUCCCGCCUGUUCUCAUCCUUUCUCAGGAGGCCCAAGUCUCAGGUGUCCGAAGAGGACAAAGACACUGAUGCUCCUAAAGAGGCGGGAGGUGACCAGAAAGACCCGGGAUUAGGAGCCAGCUCUGAUGAAGACAUCCUGGUGAAAGCCCCAAUUGCAGCUCCUGAGCCUGAGCUCAAAACCGAUCCAUCACUAGAUCUCCAUUCCUUAAGCAGUGCAGAAACACAGCCUGCACAGGAGGAGAGGAGGGACGACCAGGAGCCGGACAGCAGAGACCUUGGGGGCAAGGAAGGAGGGGAAGCAAAGGAAGAGUGCGCCAAACCAGAGCCAAAACAAGAGACUCCGGAGACCAAAGCAGACAAGGAUUUGAAAGCUGCCCAGAAAGCGGUAAAAAGACACAGAAACAUGUACUGCAAAGUCGUCUUGCUGGAUGAUGCCAUUUUUGAGUGCGCUGUGGAUAAACACGCCAAGGGGCAGGAUCUGCUUAAAAAAGUCUGUGACCACCUCAAUCUCCUGGAAGAAGACUACUUUGGUUUGGCCAUAUGGGACACGCCGACCUCCAGGACGUGGCUGGAUCCUGCCAAAGAAAUAAAAAAACAAGUUCACGGAGGCCCCUGGGAUUUUACCUUCAAUGUCAAGUUUUAUCCACCGGAUCCUGCGCAGCUGACAGAGGACAUAACCAGGUAUUACUUGUGUCUUCAGCUUAGACAAGACAUCAUUACGGGGCGGCUGCCCUGUUCCUUUGCGACUUUGGCUCUGCUGGGUUCGUACACGGUCCAGUCCGAGUUGGGAGACUACGAUCCUGAUCUACACAGCCCGGAUUACAUCAGUGAAUUUAAAUUGGCCCCAAACCAGACAAAAGAGCUCGAAGAGAAGGUUGUGGAGCUUCAUAAAACAUACAGAUCCAUGACUCCAGCCCAAGCAGACCUGGAAUUUCUUGAGAAUGCAAAAAAGCUGUCUAUGUACGGAGUCGACCUUCACCAAGCCAAGGACUUGGAAGGAGUGGAUAUCACUCUGGGAGUCUGUUCCAGUGGCCUUCUUGUUUACAAAGAUAAACUGAGAAUCAACCGCUUCCCUUGGCCCAAAGUCCUGAAGAUUUCCUACAAACGCAGCAGCUUCUUUAUUAAGAUUCGGCCAGGGGAGCAAGAACAGUAUGAGAGUACAAUUGGGUUCAAGCUACCAAGUUACCGGGCAGCGAAGAAGCUGUGGAAAGUAUGUGUUGAACAUCACACGUUUUUCAGGCUGACUUCCACCGAGGCCAUCCCGAAGAGCAGGUUUCUGGCGCUGGGCUCCAAGUUCCGCUACAGCGGCCGGACGCAGGCGCAGACGAGGCAGGCGAGUGCCUUGAUUGACCGACCGGCUCCACAGUUUGAGCGGACGGCAAGUAAGCGAGCCUCCAGGAGCCUUGAUGGAGCUAAACGUGCGACUCAAAAAGUUGAGUUCAGAGCCGUAGAGGAAGAGAAGCAGGAGGAGGUGGUGGUGGUUGAGGUUCCCGAACCAAAAGCCACGGAUCAGAUCCGAGAGAAGCCAGCCAAACACGCUCUUGAAACUUUUGAAAUGAAACCCAUUGCAGAGGAAGAAGAGGAGGAGGAGAAGGUAGAGGUGGUUAAGGUUCCCGUUGCCAAGCCAAAGUUACCGGAGCCAUUGCAGACGCGGUCAGCCAAACAUGCCCUUGGCAAUGUUGAGAUAAGCCCAAUUGAAGAGGAGGAGGAGGAGAAGGAAGAAAAAAUGGUGGUGAUGAGAGAACUAGAGCCGGUCCCGAAGGAGUCAGCAGUGGCCGUGAUAACCCCUGAGAGGAGUCCCCGUCCCACCUCUGCCCCGGCCAUCGCUCAGAGCCACGCUGCAGAACCAGUCCCGGCUAAGCCCGACGUGAAGGACACGGUCACUCUACCUAAAGUAGAAAAGGAAACGGCAAAACCUGAUGUGAGACGUGAAGAAAUCCCACCGGAGAAAGCCAAGCCGGCGCCAGCCGACGCAUCAAAGGUGAGGAAAACGCACAUUGAGGUCACAGUACCCACCACGAAUGGUGACCAGCCCCAGCAGCAGCCUGCAGAAAAAGAGGAAGAACUGAUAAGAAUGAGGAAGAAAAGAUCAAAGAGGCUAGAUGGUGAAAACAUUUAUAUCAGGCAUAGCAAUUUAAUGUUGGAGGAUCUAGAUAAGACGCAAGAAGAAAUAAAGAAACAUCACGCCAACAUCAGUGAGUUGAAGAAGAACUUUAUGGAGUCCGUCCCGGAGCCUCGGCCGAGUGAAUGGGACAAACGUUUGUCCACUCACUCCCCUUUCCGAACCCUCAACGUCAACGGGCAGAUUCCCAUGGGAGCGGAUGGAAAAAUGAGUGACUUUCUCUCCAGAGAGGAUGUGGCUGCAGUGCCAGAGAGGAGCAGUGUUAACACUGGCUUUGCAUGGGAGGGCUCAAAGCAGUCGGUAGCUUGUAGUGAGACCCCAGUGCCACCCGCCUCAGAGCCUUCUCCCAGCCGUGACUUUGGUGCUUCCUCCCUAAGCAGCGAGGAGGAGGAGGAGGAGGCGGCGGCGGCGGCGGCUCCCAGCCUCCCCGCGAGCGAGGAGGACCUGAGAUGUGGAAAGGGGGUUUGUGCGGAUGCGGAGAAGGCCUCGGAGCUCUCUGAGCUGGAGCCCCCCGCCAGCCCUGCCGCACCUCCCCGGCAGCCCUGGGGAGGAGAGGAGGAGGUGGCAGAGGAUGGCGAAGACAGAUUCGCCUUUAGAAAGCUAAAUGGCGAGUGUCACGACUCAGAUGUUAAUAACGGGCUGCCGGCAGUCAUUCGCUGCUUCCAGCCACCGCUAGUGAAGACACAGACGGUCACCAUCUCUGAUGUGUCCAGCGCCGUCAAAAGCGAAAUUCCCACAAAAGAAGUCCCCAUUGUCCACACGGAGACGAAGACCAUCACUUAUGAAGCUGCACAGACAGAUGGUGGCAAUGGAGAUUUAGACCCUGGCAUCCUGCUGACUGCUCAGACCAUCACUUCGGAAACCACCAGCAGCACCACCACUACACAGAUCACGAAGACUGUAAAAGGUGGCAUUUCAGAGACGCGGAUUGAAAAGAGGAUUGUCAUCACAGGAGAUGCAGAUGUAGACCAUGACCAGGUUCUAGCGCAGGCGAUAAAGGCAGCGAAGGAGCAGCACCCGGACAUGUCGGUGACCAAAGUGGUUGUGCACCAGGAGACCGAGAUCGCAGAGGAGUAGCAAGGCUGUGAAGCGUUACUGCCAGACACAACGCCAGGAAAAAGAACCCAGCAAAACUACCCAGAAACUACCUGGAGCACAAAGACCUCGGAUUUACAAGACUUGACACUCAGAGACAUUCAUAUCAUUUAUUAGGAGUUGCGCUUUGACAUUUUACUUGGGAUUUUCCAGACUCUACUGGAUCCUAUUGGAUAUAGAUUUUUUUAUAUAUAUUGUGACAAAAGUAUGCCAUAUUUCUAACUGUACUGAA